CACAUCAGGAAAUUUCUGUAAUUCUGAGAUGCUUAUGGUUUGUUUGUUUCAGGAAAAGAUUAUGAGGGUUCCAUAUGGCCCAAACAAAGAAUAUUUUAAGUACUCAUUGUUUCUCGUCUUCUGCAACCGCAUCACUACUUCUGCUGUAUCUGCUGGAGUUCUACUGGCAAGUAAAAAGGCCCUGGACCCUGUUGCUCCAAUUUACAAGUAUUGUGUUGUAUCGGUGUCUAAUAUACUUACCACAACUUGUCAGUAUGAGGCCCUUAAAUACGUCAGUUUCCCGGUGCAAACGCUGGCAAAGUGUGCCAAAAUGAUACCUGUAAUGAUAUGGGGUACUUUAAUCAUGCAAAAGAAGUACAAUGGACGUGAUUAUCUAUUUGCCCUCAUAGUGACACUUGGAUGCUCUAUUUUUAUAUUAUUUCCGGCUGCAGGUGAUAUUAGUCCAUACAGUAGAGGAAGCGAAAGCACAGUUUGGGGUGUUUCCUUGAUGAUUGGCUAUCUUGGGUUUGAUGGCUUCACAAGUACAUUCCAGGACAAACUUUUCAAAGGCUAUGAUAUGGAGAUACACAAUCAGAUAUUUUACACAACAAUGUGUUCUCGCAUGAUUAGCUUCACUGGUCUGAUCUUGCAAGGCAAUCUUCUAAUGGCUAUAGAUUUUGUUUCUCGGCAUAAUGAUUGCUUCAUUGACAUUGCAAUUCUUUCAACUGUAGCAACGAUAAGUCAGUUCUUUAUCUCUUACACCAUCCGCAGUUUUGGUGCUCUAGCCUUCGCCACCAUAAUGACCACUCGACAGUUGGUGAGUAUUCUAUUGUCGUGUGUGUGGUUUGCCCACCCACUUAGCUCGGAGCAACUAAUCGGAGCAGUCAUUGUGUUUGGUUCUAUAUACUCUAAAAACAUCUUUAGAAGUAAACCGAAGCCAACGUUACCUGAACAAACAGAAAACGGGUCUUCUAGUCCACCGAGGGCUACUACUGCGUAAGACGUGGGCUGUGUAGCUGGGCUAUCGGCUUAUAGGGGCUUCAGCUCACUAAACUCUGUUUAUUAACUGUUUCU